AUGAGUGGGGAGAACUACGUGGAGGGGGACCUCGGUGUUGUCUUCAACCAGGCGGAGCCGCUCACGCUGCCGGUCGUCGUGCAGCUCCUGCGCGGCCGCCGCGACGCCAGUGACGCGGCGGAACUUGACGCCCCCGCCAUGUCCCUCAUUGAGCGCACGCGCGAGCGAGUGGAGGUGAUGCAGGAGACCUGCGCCGAUGAGCAGAGCGUGCAGCGUGUAAAAAAGAUGAAGCUGCGUCUGCGGGACGAGAGCGACUCGGGCUUCGCGAACGCACACCUGACGAACUUCGUCCUCGAUAGCGAGGGGAACGUGACGGGUGUGCGGGAGCCGGCAGGGGGCGACGAAGAGCAUGACGUUCUCAGGACGGCCCGUAUGAAGCCGUUUGAGGUGGUGGCACUGGCGACGCUGCGGCCGAGAACAGUGGAGGAGGCUGUUGUACUGUUGCCAUCGCUCUCGCGCUACGAGCCGAACGAUCUGAACCUUGUGCUGGACACACUCGAGUCGAUCUGA